AUGACCCUUCUCAAGACUGUGAGCUGGCAUGUAGAUCUGCGAGAGGAUGAUCAGUAUAAGGGGAGAGUGCAGUAUUACCAGAACCAGACCCAGCUCUACCACACAGUGAGAAUCACUGAUCUGAGAGCGAGCGAUUCUCAGACAUAUAAGUUCAGAUUCAUCACUGAUGAUCCGGAUGGUAUUUACAGUAUUGGAUCUGGAGUCAGCCUGUCGGUCACAGAUCUGACGAUUGAAGUGUUGAACUCAGAGCAAGAAGAUAAGCGGCUGACCUGUAGCUCCACCUGCACUCUGACUAACCCCACCUACAUCUGGUACAGGAACGAACAGCCUGUACCUGAACAGAACGGAGAUGACCUGUAUCUUUGGGAUCCCACUGUGGAUGCAGGCAGCUACUCCUGUGCUGUGAAAGAACACGAGGAGAUCCGCUCUGCUGCUGUCUGUGGGUUUGAAGGUCUGCAGGUGAAAGUGGAAGGUGCUGCAGCUGCUCCUGCAGAAGAACAGACAGUAACACUGACCUGUAGCUCCAUGUGCUCUCAGUCCUAUUCCACCUACACCUGGUACAGGAACAUACAGCCUGUAUCUGAGCAGAACAGGUCAGUGGAAACACUGGAAACAGGCCAGAAUUACAGCAUCACCAGUAUCAGCUCCCAGCACAGCGGACUGUACUACUGCACCGCUCUCAACCAGCUCGGACAGCACAGCUCUGCACCCGCCCGUCUGGACGUGUUCUAUAACACAGCUGCAAUAUAUGCAGCUUCUGGAGUCAUCAUCGUUUUGCUUCUGCUAUUCAUCGCAGUCAUUUUGUGGAUGAGGAAACGAUCAGCACAGUCCCGCAGCAGAAGUGAAGGAAAUACUGGAGAGCCUCUGUCGGCUCCAGUUUAUGAAACUGUAUCAGACCUGGCCAUGACCUCUGGGCCCAGAGGAGCUGCACCCUCAGAUGACCAGGAUGAAGUUCAGUACUCCACUGUUCAGUUCAAAAACCCUCGCACAAAGAAAGUGCCUCUCAGCUCCACUGCUAAUCAGAAAAAUGCUGUAAAUGCAGAAGAGGAAGUGCUGUACUCCACAGUGGUCAAAGCUAACACAGGAGCUCCUCGGAAUGAAGAAAACCCAAUCUACAGCACGGUCCAUAAGUUUACCUGAGAAGAUCAACACUUUCAACCCCUAGCCUUUUUUUUAAGAAGAUGCAGUGUAUAGGAGUAAAUUGUAGAUACACAGAUCUCCAUCAAAAAUCACCCUAUCAAAAAACUAAAAAAAAAAAUAUCUUCUGUUUUUCUUGUACGCUGCUCUGUAACAGAAGAUGAUUUUGUGGCUUUAUAUUUUUUGCUCUUUUUUUGCAAGUUAACCCAACCUUCAGACUACCUGAGCUCAGCUGUCUGUACCACCAGAGGCUUCCAGUCUUAUCUGCAGAUUGUCAUUGCAGCCAAGCAGAUGCACACUUCAUCAUUUGCUUGAAGACGGACUAACUAAAACUUAUUUUAUUUUGCAGUCUGAAGUGUAGGUUACAUUGCAAAACUAAAGCUGAAUGUAAAGCUGUUAAAUUAUCAAAAAGUUUUAGUUUUCCAUGUGCAUAGUCAUAUACGCAGAGGUGGAAAGUAACUAAUUACAUUUAUUCUCAUUACUGUAAUUGAGUAGAUUUUAUGAGUAACUUGUCAUUUUUUAAUUUGUAGUUUUUAAAAUAGGUAAUUUUACUUUUACUCAAGUUCAUUUUGACACAAGUAAUGUACUUCACUACUUUGGAAAACUUCCUGUUACUGAGUAAAAAAUUAAAUGCUGGGGAAAAGAACAAAUUGUUUAAAUAAUAAAAAAAAAUGAGUUUUGUUCUCUGUGGCAGCACAGCAGAACUUUUCCCAGCAGUGUUUAUUACAGUUAGCAGGAGAGACGCUGUGUGAAUCAGCGGUGCCAGCUGAACCAGUGUUCUGUCGAGUUAUGCUACCCAUAGAUAUGUGCUUCUAUUUGGCACUGCGCAUGUGCCGACCAAUUUCAUGUUUUUAAUAAUAAUUCCUUAAGUUUUUAUUGGGAACAUUAAACAAUCUGCAUGAAUGUAAAAAAAAAACAUGUAAAUAUCAGAUAAAGCAUUGCAAUAGCAAGUUCAAAAAUAAUAAUGAACUGUAAAACUAUAAAAAUAUAGUUUAUAGUCACCUAUAUAAACUUUUUACCAGUAAAGAAAAAAAAUGGAUCAUAGAAACCUUGUUCUUAAAAAAGGUUUUAUGGAGUGGUCUGAACCAAUACUGAUUUGUACUAUUUUACAUCAAAUAAAUAAAAGUAAAUUUUAAAUUAAAUACUUUUUUUUUUACUUUUAUACGAGUAGAUUUUUAGAUGGGUACUUUUACUUUUAUAUGAGUAGAAUUUUAGCAAAGUAAAGUUACUCUUACUUAAUUACAAUUAUUCAGUACUUUUUCCACCUCUGCAUAUACGGUACAACUAGCAGUGAAAUGCUUUGACAGUAUUUGCCUGUAUUUUAUGGCUUAGUUUUAUUGUUUUGAUUAUGUUCUUGAAUGUAUGGGAAACUUCAAAGACAUUUCUUUAUCAAAAGAGCACUUUGAAGUGAUACAUUAACAUUAAUGUAAACAGUAAUAUUAAUGUAGUAUAGGAUUAAUGGCUUUACCAAUUUCAAGACAUCAUAUCGGCAUUACCAUUGUUUGUUUGUUGUAAAUAAUGUUUUUUUAUAAGAAAAUGACCAAAAUUAAUGUUGAAAUAUGUGUUAAAAUGUUAAUGUUUAUUUCUCAUGUACACAGUACAACAAGCAUGAAAGAGUUCAUGAUGAAUUGUCUGGCAUAUUUUGAAUUAGCCUUUUUUUAGCUUCAGUUUGUUGACAGUGUUAAAUUUUAAUUUUCCAGGGUUUGCUGAAAUAAUAAGGGGCAUUAAUCCAUCACAUUUGAAGCUCUCCAACAGUAAACCGAGUAAUAUAGGAGAAGUGUUAGUCAUUAGCAUUAGUCAGAUUGACCCUUUCCACUCGUUCACUUUCCUUCCAAACUCUGGUGAAACCCAGUAAAGGAGGAAGUCAAGAAGUGUACUCAAGGUCAGGUCUGUGAAGUUUCCUAGACCGGGAUUAAGCCUAGUCUUGGACUACACAAGAUUUUGAGUGGACUCCGUUUAAAGAUACUUGGUUUAAUGCCUGUACUGGAAACCAAUCUUUUCAUGAACUUUUUUUUUUUGCUGUGAAUUCCAACUUGUGAUACAGAGAUGCAUCUAGAGUCUUAAAAAUAUGUAAUGUUUUUGUUCUUCUGUGAAAUUGCUGUUUUAAAGUUUGUAAAGUUUUUUUGCACUCAUGAUUUGUAAUUUGUACUUUUGUAAUGUACAGUUAAACAAAUGACAUGUCUCUCCAAACCAUCACUGAUCAUCAGUAAAUUUUACAUUUCAUUUUUAAAUCAAGGCAGGCUGAGGAAGAGUGGAUGAAGAGACACACAGUCCAAGCUGCUCGAGGUCUAGUGUGAAGUUUCCACCAAUCAGUGAUGGUUUAUGGAUACAUGUCAUCUGCUGGUGUUGAUCCACUGUGUUAUAUCAAGUCCAAAGUCAGUGCAGUUUUAUGGAGAUGCUGAUUUCAUUUUCCAGCAGGAUUUGGCACACUGCCCACACUUCCAAAAGUACCAAUAGAUCUUAUGUAAUAUUUUAAUUUUCUGAGACACUGAUUUUUGGGUUUUCAUUGGCUGUAAGCCAUAAUGAAAUAAACACUUUAAUAUAUAAUAUAUGAGUUUCAUAUUUUUGUG